GGAGUUUUAUUGGUUAUCGACUUGGUACGGUACACUCAAAUAGAGCAUUGUCUUUACUCAUAUAGGUUUUUAUUAUUGUCAACUUCCUGCCUCAGCCUCUGUUCCAAUACCGGAUAGUGUGUCAAUUGUUCUGUUGGAUCGUUCCGUGACGGAGAUAAAUCUUUUGUUAUUUCUAUGUAAGCAGAUCAAUGGUGGACUAAUUGCAAAAUAAAUAACAAUUUUGUUCAAUUACUCGUGUGGACCAUCUAAUUAUACCAGCGAUAGUGUUUAAUUACUUUUUUGCAUGGAAACGUCAUUAAAUAUUCAAUUUUCUGUAUUGCCAUGUGGAAUCGAUGAGCUAAUAGACUACAGUUACUGUUAAUAAAGUCAUUUUGCAGUGAGUAUAUCAGACGAGAGUUUUAUCAUAAUUUCUUUCUCGAUAUUAAAAUAUUUUAUCUGGAAUUUUGGAUGUAUUUAUGCAAUGCUGGACUCGGAUUAUCUAAUGGGAAAGUUCAUAUUAAUUUUACAGAUUGCGAAAAACGGACGUUACCCAACGGAACUAACGCUACGUCACUGACGUUGAAAGAUGACGCGAAUGGGGCAAUGCAAUAUACAGUGGCGGUUGUGUUUGUUUACAGUAUUGCAGUGCUCGGUGUUUUCGGACUUGGAUUAUAUAAUCGGAGGAAACACCGUCGGGAUCACGUGGACAAUGAAACAAGAGCGUUCCUUAAGAAUUACGAGGACGUUAAACGAAUUUGUGAGCAGAAGUCACGCUUAGGUGCUAUACAAGCUUUGUUACAUCAACUUCACAACGAACCAAUAGCUAAUUGCACAGAAUCGUCAUUAAAUAAUCUUGCCCUUUUGCCAAUUUCUAUUUCGAACGUUAACGACGUCGAGAGUGAUUCCCAAUAUCCGCUGCUUGACGGCAACGGAGUUUUUGGCGAUAUGUCAGCAGACGUAGCUCUGACGUCGGAUAAAGGAAAGAGUUCUCCAGCGCGCGCGAAAAUGACGUUGCUUGGAAGUUCACGAAGGUCGUACAAGGAAUGCGAGAGGUGCUUGGCUAGGCGGGGUGUUGUAACAACUUUAGACAAAUGUAUGUGCAGAUUUUACGACUUUGAAACCGAUGAUUAUAGCCUGUUUACGGAAACUGUCGAUUUGUCAAAUGUAGGUAGUGAAACAAACGUACAAGAACCGCGAAUCGAUUCUGAAAAUUGUGAACAUAGAUUUAAUGAUGUAUCAUUUAUGUAAAUUCUUUUCAUUUUCUAUAAGCGUUUCUUCAAUGCUUUUAGCGGAGUCCAUUAAAGUACAAUAAGACAUGGAUCAAUGUAUAGAGAUAUAGAAACAUCUGCCAUAGCAUCAAUAAUAAACGUUUGUGAACUGUGAAUAAAUUCGAACAUUUAGAUUCAACAUUAUACGACACAUAAUAUUUUUACAUAUACAUGUACUUUUCGGAUCAGGUUUCGUUGUCAUAUAAAUAAAUUGUCGACAGUUUACUUUUAUAGCAUUAGCACUAUAUGAAAACAACAUGAAAUUUUGCAGAUGAGAAUACAUGCUGUAUUUGGAAACAUCGACUGGAGAUAACAGACCAGUGAAAUAUUAGUCGAAGAGAAAAUGUUAAUAUUUUAUUAACGCAAUAAAAGUAUUUAAAAUGUUUAGGCUAAUGGAAACUGCUCAAUAAUUUAGCGUCUAAAUUGACAGUGCAGAGAAUUGGAUUUAUACAAUCAUCGUAAAUAGCGCGAAUACUAAUUGGAAACACAGAUAAAAAUCAAAACUUGAGUAUUUUCAUCAUAUAUAUAUACGAUCUGUUCUUAAUGUCACAACGAUUACAUGUAAAUUAUUUUUAUAUUUAUCAGGUAAAACAGAAUAUACAGUGAAUGACUGUUCAGAAAUUAUUACUUUUUCCCCGAAACAUGUGACAAUAUUACGACCGACAGAUGACUGAAUAACUCACCAAGUACGAAUCCCAGCUACCAGAUCAGCAAGCCUGUGCUUAUACCAAAAUAGGGAGAGUCCAGAAUACAUAUAUUCGUAUACUCUCACUAAAUUGAAUACUGUUCAAUUUUGGAGUUUUAAUGAUGAAAUCCGAUCAAUUUUCAAUAUUCCAAGUUCAUGGCAACGCGAUAAAUAUCUCGCGCUUACGGCAAAAGGCAAAUUAGAUGUUUUACUGCAAGAAUCAAUUUAAUUACGAGUACACCAUUAUUUAACCAUCUUAAUUGAUCUAAUUAACAGUAUAUUUUAUC